AUGGACAUGCUAUGUAGCGCGGUCUUUGCCGCAGAUCACACUCUACUGCAGAGCGAAUUCGAAGAGAAGGUGGACGCGCUCAAGGCUCUGGCCGGGACGUCCUUCCCAGGCUCAGCUCCGCAGGGAGUCAGAGAGCGCACGGUCGAAAACGUGCUAACGUGCAGCGAACCAAUGUCCAAAUGGGUCCGAAGAACUAUUGCGGAGUGGUUCAGUGAAUUCGCGUAGCGUCCUAUCAACGCGUCGAACAGGAACUCGUUUUAUUUCCCACGGUCGCUCUGAACGAAGAUAGCCCCUCCAUCGUGCAAAGGGUUUGUGGUAACACCCGGGAGAAUAAGGUAGGUAUACAUGUACGUACAUUUCCACGGCCAAGUACUGUGUUCACUUAUCCUCCGUCAAGUGUCUUGAGCGCUCGCAAAAAUCCCAAGACAAAACGACACGACUAGCGGCGGGUAGUUGUGCGUGCCGAUCUAUAGCCUUAAGAAGAUCCCCUGGUGGCUAGAAUGAUUAUGCAUGAAGCCAAAAGGUUGGUUUCAGCAUUUUUCCCAUUUGUCCCUGUUCCCCCGAAAAUAACUGUCGGUUUCUUUGACCCAAAAGCUUCCCUGAAUGUGUUCAUAUUCCUCACAUCCCCCCGUCCUAUCGCACACGUUUGCCGCCGUAUCGUCCGCUGCCUCGCCCUCGAAAGUGAAGUUCACGGCGUCAUUGGCGACAAAGGCCUUUGAGAUGAANAUUUUAGCAAGCUUACGAACACAUAUAGGAUACCAUCAGGAUUGCCAUUGGUUUUAUUUCAAGUUGAAGAGGAGAUAUUUUUUACGAUGUAAAUGACAGUAGAAAUAAGUCCUACAUAUGUUGUUGUACUUCGUAUUGGUUUAAUAUUCAUGUAGAGUAUGUUGAGACAUUAAGUGAAAGUUUUUUUAGGUACAUCUGCAAUUGUCGGAAGGCAAAAAAAAUGAAAAAUAAAAGGUCGUUUAUGCCCUUUGCCCCGUGAUUCCGUUUGGGUUGGGUUGUUCUUUUUGCCUGUCAUCAUGGAACAGGACGGUGUGGUGACACUAGGUUGUUUUAGUUUUGGUCGUGCGGGCAUAUGGCGGAGCUGCGUGUUGUAGGUCUAUUGUUGUUAUUACCUCUGUCGAGGGACAAGCGAGGGGUGAUGCCUCGGUUAUGGUGUUUUUUUGUCGCGCGGGCAUAUGGAGGAAGGAGAUGCUUGCAUCCCGCGGACUAGGUCAAUCGUAGCGGUGGUGUUACAUUAUAUGCAUAGAACGCCGUGGUGUGUUGAAGUCCCAUUUUUUUUGCUCUACCGCUGGUUUCGAGAGGCGCAGCGUGCGUGUUCACGUUUCCUCAUACCGUGAGUAUUAUUGAGACUCUCGACACCGCGUCAACGAGGACGUUGCGAGAGUAAUCGAGUGGUCGCGGUAGUCUGCGCGUAGAAAAACGAAACGCGGUCUUUUUGUGCCUUCUGUUUUGUGACGCUGUUGUGGUGAGCUUGUUGUUCUGACCGUUGUCGUGAGAGAGAGGAUUAACGACUCUCUCGGCUGUGUACUAGUCUAGUUGUUGUGUGUGUAAAGUGAAAACAGCGCCUCUUUUUGUCUGUACUGCAGUUGGUUACGCACGUUGAUGGUCAGUGUCUGUUGUUUAUGUGGCUUUCGCCGAACAAGGUAAUGCCCGAGGAACUGUAGGAUGGUAGUAAGCCACACCAUCUCUACUUCAAGUCUGAUGC